GGCACAUUAGUGGGAUCUGUCUGCCUCAAAGCGAGGAUAUUCUACCAUGAUGUGCGUUUUAUAGGCGUUUCUGAUAGUUACAGAGAAUGUAUAGCCUACGCUAAUAAUCGUUUAAUUUUAUAUCUCUUAUUAGGCUAUUCAAAAAGGUUGUUUUAUGUGCAACUUUAAGAUGUUAUAAAUAGCGUAAUGACUUUAAUGUUAUAUGCAACCCUCAAAAUGUUUAUUUUCUAGCGAAAUGCUUUUAUUCUCUACAAGGCAAUUAAGUUUUUUUUCCGGCUUUUAUGGUUAUUUAUGAGGAUGGGAAGGAUUAUAUGAUAAAAGCAUCCUCGUAGAAAUGGGAAAAUGGGAGUUGACAAUGGAGCCUGUUCAGGAGUGGGGUGAGGAGCAUGAAGACGGGGCGGUGUUUGGGAUCACCCUGCGCAGAGAGCCGGUCCAGCAGUCGGCCGAUCCCACAGAGGCUUUCGUUCAGUACCGAACAUGUAAAGUACGCAGGUUAAAAGCGGCUACGCUGGACAAGCUGGUCUCUCACCUUCUGGACCCCUGCUGUCAGGAGCAAGACUAUGGCAGGAUACUGCUGUCCACGUAUCGCACCUUCACUAGCUCCAACAAACUCAUCGAGAUGCUCCUCCAGAGGGACAACCUUGCCUCUGCGCUUGACAGCACCAAUUACCCUAACAGCUCUUUGUGGACUGUGCUUCAGAUGUGGUUGGAGGAGUACAGUGAUGAUUUCAGGGAUGCUCCCAUGCACUCGUCACUGCGUCUGAUGUGCUUACAGCUGAGAGGACACCCCGCUCUGUUCCCCCUGGCCAAGCACUAUGAAACACUCCUUAAGAAAUUCCAGGCUGAAGAUGUUGUGGCAGGUGGUCCAGUUGAUCAAAUAGAAGAAUCAGCUUUGAAUAAGGAGGUGAGAGACUAUGAGUCAGAUAACCUGGCAGAUUUCAUGGGUUUCUCCGUUACGGAUGUUGCAGAACAGCUCACACGAAUGGACGCUGACCUGUUUAUGAAGGUGGUCCCUUUCCAGUGUCUGGGCUGUGUGUGGUCUCAACGGGACAAGAAGGAGAACCUCUCACCCACUAUUUGGGCCACCAUCGCUCAGUUCAAUGCAGUCACCAACUGGGUCAUCACUUCUCUGCUUCGAUCCUCGUCGUCUGUCACACAAAGAUCCAGAGUCAUUGAGAAAUGGGUUCGGAUUGCACAGGUGUGCAGAGAGCUGAAGAACUUUUCUUCUCUUAAGGCCAUUUUGUCUGCACUUCAGUCCAACCCCAUCUACAGACUAAGGAAGUCAUGGGCUGCUGUCAGCAGAGAGGCCAUGUCUGUCUUUGAGAACCUGUGCGAAACGUUCCCAGAUGAGAACUGUGUUCUGACCAGCCGAGAAAUCUUUGUGGAUGAUGGGAGUCAAACUGACAUGGAUAACACCUCCACAAAAACAUCCAAGAGAUGCCCUCUAACAAAACAGAUGAGCUCAGCUGGAGGGACGGUUCCAUAUCUGGGGACAUACCUUACAGUACUGACCAUGCUGGACACUGCCCUACCGGACACUGUGGAGGGUGGCCUCAUCAAUUUUGAAAAGAGGAGACGGGAAUAUGAGAUUUUAAGGCAGAUCCGUCAGCUGCAGGCCUUGUGUUCCCAGUAUGUUUUAUCUCAUCAUCCUCAGAUUGCUGCCUGGCUACAGAGUCAGAAACUGCUGUCGGACCAGGAGAGCUAUGAAUUUUCCAGACACCUGGAGACUCCUCAUGACACAUCUCCAUCCAACAGUGGCUGGAGUCACCGAACUCUCACCAAAAAGCUCUCAUCGCUCUUGUCAGGGAACGAGGGGUCCAAAAAGAAUGCAGACCAAAUCAGCGUGUCCUCGUCAGGAUCCAGCAGCUCUGAAAUUGAGGAAAUAUCCGCUUCUCAAUCAGCGUCUUUUAUAUCACCGUCUCUUUCCAGCUGUGGUCAGAACACUGAGGCUUUUCCCUCGUCUUCCUCUCCUGAUUCCUCCACCGUGUCUAGUUCAUCCUCCAGCUCUCAGCAGGACCUCAACCUGAGUCCAUCUUCCUCCUCCUCCUCUUCUUUUUCUGCAUCAGCUGACCCUCACCUGGUCUCCUCCCACAAGCGCUCUGUCUCCAUGACCUCCCUGCCGUUCUACAACAGACAGGUGGACGACUCAUGCAUCAUCAGGGUCAGCGUGGAGUUCUGCAACAAUGGCAACAUGUACAAGAGCAUACUGUUGACCAGUCAGGAUAAGACGGCCCAGGUGAUCCAGAGAGCUCUGCAAAAACACAACAUGGAGGAUGUUAGUGAGCAGGACUUCACCCUCGUACAAGUUCUGGCCCAAGGCAGAGAGUUGCAUAUUCCAAAAAAGGCCAACGUAUAUUAUGCCAUGUCUACAUCAGCCAACUAUGACUUUGUUCUACGUCGAUGCCCAAAAGGCCAGCGGAAACAACUCAUACGCUCUGUUUCACUGUCGUCAGGACGAGCCACAAAAUAACAGCAAAUUCAGCUUUGAUUCUGGAGGACUCAUAUUUAAUGCAACAGUUUUUGAAAACUGUCAAGACAUGUCAUUCAGGCACAAAUGGAGAUGUCUGAGAUCGAAAACAAGUCAUUUAAAGAAAAAAAACAACAACUAUUUCUGACCCACAUUUCACCUUGGGAUUUGAUGACGGCUUCAAUGGCAUUCUCAAGCUAUUUUACUUCACUUAUGUGAUGAAUUUCUGGGUGAAACAGGAUACUCAAUUAAUGAGCUUCAAAGGAAUAGUUCAACCAAAAAUGAACAUUUUCUCAGGUCAUCAAAGAAGUAAAUGAGUUGUCUCUUCAUCAGAACAUUUGGAGAAAUUUAGCAUCACAUCACUUGUUCACCAAUGUUUUUAUCAGUUGUUUGGACUCUCAUUCUGACGGCACCCAUUCACUGCAGAGGAUACACUGGUGAGCAAGUGAUGUAAUGCUACAUUUAUCCAAAUCUGUUCUGAUGAAGAAACAAACUCAUCUACAUCUUUGAUGGCUUGAGGAUGAGAAACAUUUUAGCAUUUUUUUUUUUUGGGGUGAAGUAUUACUAUAAUUAUGCAUUUAAUUCGAUUGUGAAAGGUUGAAAUAUCAGGGCUUGGUGACAUUUACAUUUUGAUGAAUAGUGUGUUUCCUUGGAAUAACGCACUAACGAACCAUGCAUGAUAAAACUAGGAACAUGAAGUAAGUAAAUAGCAUCAAUGAUGUUGAUGUAGGACUCUUCAGUGGAAAGACAAAUAUCACGGGUUCAGUUUCAUGAACUCAUAACCCAGACGCUUUAAAUUGUUUUAAGUGACAAGAGAAAGAUAACAAAGACUGCACCUUCUUGAAUUCCUCACAUUCAGUGCAGUGAUAAUGGGAUGAAGCAAAGUUUCUCAAUGACCUUCAGCUCUCAUUCUCUGACACUCAUAAUGAGACGGCAUAAGAUACACUGUACGAUAAUGCGCUAACUUUGAAUAGAAACACAAUCAUACACCUAGAGGCCUGGGAUGAGACUUUUAUAUAGGUCAGUGUCUAUACAGACUGCCUGUGGAUAACAGAUGAUCAGUUCACAGUGUUCCUGAUUACAGCAUGAUGAUGGUAUGUGUGUGAGAAGACGAGCCGCUUCAACAGGUGCAGUGGCAUUCCAGAGACACACUUUCACAUCCACUGUCACGUGCGAUUUCAAUUACAUGCCAUUUGAUGAAUCCAUUUUUAAAAAUAUUAUCAUUUAUUAUUGAAUGAGGUAGUGUGGCAGCAUUACUGAACAUUAAGUGGAUAUUUUAAACCAUGUAAAACCAUGUUUUAUAUCCUCCUCCAUCAGCAUCAAAUUCAAGCAACUUGACCCUACACAAUUAGUCUGUGCUUCCACGGACUUGUACAAGCUCUUGCAGAGUAAAAUUAAGAAGAUAAAUUAUAUUAUCGCUCAAAUACAUUUUAAUGUAGAUAUAUUAGUAAAACAAUAUUUAUAUUAGUUAAUGAUGAAAAUUUUAGAUAUAAUACUAUGUACAAUAUGAGAUGAUAGUUGUUUAAUAGUUUGCAUUGAUUUUUUUAUUUUUAUUUUAUUUUGCACUGAGUGUAUUCUGAACCCUGCAACAU